GCGGAGGGGAGAGAGCGGGAGAGUGAGAGCCGCGCACCCCGCGCAGCGAGCGGCGGAGCUUCUCCCAGGAUAGCUUUUGACAAGAGGCAUCUGGCGACCUUUGGGCUCAGCAAACUCGGACAGUAUAGCAUGUGUGCUUUCUUCCUUCUUGACUGAAAAAGAAAGCAAAGAACAAAAACCUCCAAGAGCAAACCCUCGGCUUGUUUUGGAGUGCUGUCACUGCUGUAGCGACAGGAUAAUGGCUACUUCCUGAUUAAACCCCUCUCCACAAUAUGGAGUCUGCAGAGCGGUUAACAACAUCGUCAGUCUCCUCUGCUGCAGCUGCUUCCACUCCAGCAUCUUCAACACCGUCGGUAACUUCAGAAGUAUCGAAAGGUGGAGCCGCAACACUGAGCUCCACCAUCAACACUUGUGAAUGGUGGCGGACAGCAGACACGCACUCUCGUCCGGGGGCAGCUUUUUUCCCACCACUCUUGGGAAUUCCCACACUGUUUGCUCCUCCUGCACAGAAUCAUGAUUCUGCUUCAUUCCACUCAAGAGCUACAGGAAAAAGUAGUCGGAGCAGUACAGACAAAGGUAUAAAUGGAUCACUGAAUGGCAACAGUACCAGUACAGUCUCAGCUCUCAGCACAUCCGUGCUCUCCACUGGCAGUGCAGCAUCGGCAGGAGCAGUGAAAGCUGUAACCUCAGGAGCUGCAGGGCGCAAAUACAGCCAGGAGCGAAGCAAAGUUCAGCUUCUGGACACCAGGGCUGACAAAAUCAAAGAUAAGAAGCCCAGAAAAAAAGCAGUGGAAAGCUCUAGUAACAGCGACAGUGAUUCGGGCUCCUCUUCAGACACCUCAAGUGAAGGUGUGAGUAGCAGCGACUCUGAUGACCUAGAGGAGGAUGAAGAGGAGGAGGAGGACCAGAGUGCUGAAGAGAGUGAAGAUGAUGAAUCUGAUUCUGAAAAUGAAGCACAUCACAAAAGCAAGAACAAGGUGCUAAUGCAUAGUGGUGUAACAGAUACGAAAAACGAUGGACAGAAAUCACAGGAAAAGUCUCAAGAAAAAAGAACACACCAGCAGAUACCUCUUGUGUCUGAUUCCCAGACUCACUCAUCAUUCCAGUCCCAGCAGAAGCAGCCUCAGGUUUUGUCACAGCAGCUUCCGUUUAUUUUUCAAAGCUCUCAGGCAAAGGAGGAAUCUGUGAACAAACACACAAGUGUAAUACAGUCUACGGGAUUGGUUCCUAAUGUGAAACCUUUGUCUUUGGUACAUGAAGCCAAAAAGGAGACCUAUUUAAAACUCAUAGUUCCUUCCCCUGAUCUACUCAAAGCAGGGAAUAAAAAUACCUCUGAAGAAUCUCUCACUUUGACGAGUGAUGUUAGAUCUAAACGGGAACAAUAUAAACAGGCAUUCCCAGCAGCACAGCUGAAGAAACAGGAAUCGUCGAAGAGCCUGAAGAAGGUUAUCGCAGCUUUGUCAAGCCCCAAGCCAACAUCUAGUUCACCAGCUCAUCAAAAACUCACAUCCUUGGAAAACAACCAUUCUAACCCAUUCCUGACAAAUGCACUUUUAGGUAAUCACCAACCCAAUGGAGUUAUUCAGAGCGUCAUCCAGGAGGCUCCUCUUGCGCUCACUACAAAAGCGAAAGCCCAGAGCAGGAUCAGUGAAGGUGCAGCCGUUUCUAGUAGUGCCCCCUUUUCUUUGCCAAUAAACUUGAGUGCAUGUGGGAAGAAGACAGCUGGUAACCGGACAGCUGCUAUGACCUCUACCUCUCCUGUGUUGCCUGGUUCAGGAAAGGAUAAAGCAGUCAGCAAUAACGCAGUAAAUGCAGUAAAACCACAGCACCGCCUUCAUUCUGCGAAGCUGGUGGUGGAGCAGUUCAGAGGGGUAGACUCAGAUGCCCCCAGCAGUAAAGACUCUGACGACUCAAAUGAUGAGGAUGACGAUGAUGAAGAUGAAGAUGAGGACGAUGAAGAAGAUGAUUCCGAUGAUAGCCAAUCAGAGUCUGACAGUAAUUCUGAGUCAGAUACAGAAGGGUCUGAGGAGGAAGAUGAUGAGGAUGAUAAAGACCAAGAUGAAUCGGAUACCGACACUGAGGGAGAGAAAACCCCACUGAAACUGAACAAAACUUCAUCCUCUGUGAAGAGCUCUUCCAUUGGUCUUACAGCUCAUUCCACCCCGCUUAAUCUCCAAGUAGCAAAGUCGUCAGGCUCGGCCCCUGCUGCCUUAUGCCCCGAGUCCCAGCCUGCGGUGUUCCUUGGGACAGGAGCCUCCAGCCUCACGCCAGGUAUUUCGAAAAGACGAAGAGUAGCAGAUGAACGGGAGCUGCGUGUUCCCCUUGAUUUUGGCUGGCAAAGAGAAACCCGAAUAAGAAACUUUGGUGGUCGUCUUCAAGGAGAAGUAGCAUAUUUUGCACCUUGUGGAAAGAAGCUGAGACAGUAUCCUGAAGUAGUAAAGUAUCUCAGCAGAAAUGGAAUAAUGGAUAUCUCAAGGGACAAUUUCAGCUUCAGUGCAAAAAUAGGAGUGGGUGACUUCUAUGAAGCCAGAGAUGGACCGCAGGGAGUGCAGUGGUGUCUGCUGAAGGAAGAGGAAGUCAUUCCCCGUAUCAGAGCUAUGGAAGGGCGGAGAGGGCGCCCCCCAAAUCCCGACAGGCAGCACUCCAGAGAGGAGUCGAGGAGCCGGCGCCGCAAGGGCCGCCCUCCCAACGUCGGGAGUGGGGAAUUUCUGGACAGCGCCGACACAAAGCUGCUGAGAAAGCUCCAGGCUCAAGAAAUAGCUAGGCAAGCAGCACAAAUAAAGCUACUGAGAAAGCUUCAGAAGCAGGAGCAAGCACGAGCUGCCAAAGAAGCAAAAAAACAGCAAGCUAUUAUGGCAGCUGAAGAAAAGCGAAAGCAAAAGGAGCAGAUAAAGAUAAUGAAGCAGCAGGAAAAAAUUAAACGAAUCCAGCAAAUUAGAAUGGAGAAAGAACUUCGAGCUCAGCAAAUUUUAGAGGCAAAAAAGAAAAAGAAGGAAGAAGCAGCAAAUGCCAAAUUAUUGGAAGCGGAAAAACGAAUAAAGGAGAAAGAGAUGAGAAGGCAGCAGGCUGUUCUUCUGAAGCACCAGGAGUUGGAGAGGCAUAGACUAGAUAUGGUAUGGGAACGAGAACGGAGGAGACAACAUAUGAUGCUUAUGAAAGCCAUGGAGGCACGUAAAAAAGCAGAAGAAAAAGAGCGGCUAAAGCAAGAGAAACGUGAUGAAAAAAGAUUAAAUAAAGAACGUAAACUGGAACAGCGAAGAUUGGAAUUAGAAAUGGCAAAGGAGCUAAAGAAGCCCAAUGAAGAUAUGUGCUUAGCAGACCAGAAGCCUUUCCCAGAGCUGCCUCGCAUCCCAGGCCUCAUUCUUGAUGGAAGCACGUUUUCGGAUUGUCUCAUGGUAGUGCAGUUCCUGCGUAACUUCGGUAAAGUUCUUGGCUUUGAUGUGACCGUAGAUGUUCCCUCCCUGAGUGUUCUUCAAGAGGGUUUGCUCAACAUAGGGGACAGCAUGGGAGAAGUACAGGACUUGCUUGUGAAACUUGUCUCUGCAGCUGUGUGCGAUCCUGGACUUGGUACAGGACACAAGGCUAAAACUAUUCUUGGGGAACACUUACUGAAUGUUGGUAUCAAUCGAGAUAAUGUGUCUGAGAUUCUGCAGAUUUUCAUGGAGGCUCAUUGUGGGCAAACAGAGCUGACAGAGAGCUUGAAGACAAAAGCUUUUCAGGCACAUUCUCCAGCUCAGAAAGCAUCAGUACUUGCUUUUCUGGUCAAUGAAUUAGCAUGCAGCAAAAGUGUAGUAAGUGAAAUUGAUAAAAACAUUGAUUAUAUGUCAAACUUAAGGAGAGAUAAAUGGAUGGUUGAAGGCAAACUUCGGAAGCUUAGAAUCAUUCAUGCCAAGAAAACUGGUAAAAGAGAUGCUGCGGGCAGUGGAGAUGGCGGCGAGGAGCCGCAUUCCUUGGAGACCCCCGCGCCCGGCCGCAAGCGCCGGCGGAAGGGAGGCGACAGCGACGACGACGACGACGACGACGAUGACAGUGAUGAUCAGGCAGAUGAGGAUGAUGAGGAUGAAGAGGACAAAGAUGAUAAAAAAGGAAAGAAGGCUGAAGUUUGUGAGGAUGAGGAUGAUGGGGACCAGACAGCAAGUGUUGAAGAACUAGAGAAGCAGAUUGAAAAGCUGACAAAGCAACAAAGCCAAUAUAGGAAGAAGUUAUUUGAAGCUUCGCACUGUUUGCGCUCAAUGAUGUUUGGCCAGGACCGCUACAGGCGCCGGUACUGGAUCCUGCCCCAGUGUGGUGGGAUUUUUGUGGAAGGCAUGGAAAGUGGUGAAGGUCUAGAAGAAAUUGCAAAAGAAAAAGAGAAGUUAAAAAAGGAAGAAAGCAUGCAUAUCAAAGAGGAAGAAUUUGAAACAGAAGAAAAAGUACAUUGCUUGGCUACAAGUCACUGUGAGCAAAAGGAAAAUUUGAAAGAAAAGGACAGCACUAACCUGUUUUUACAAAAGCCUGGGUCAUUUUCAAAAUUAAGCAAACUGUUAGAGGUAGCAAAAAUGCCACCUGAGUCUGACAUUAUGUCCCCAAAACCUAAUGGCAGUGCAGCAAAUGGCUGCACAUUAUCUUACCCAGGCAACUCAAAAAACUCUCUCUGCAGUCUGCAAGCCCCUGCAUCACAAAGCUCCAUUGAGAAGUCUGAUUCUAAUAAUCUUUUCAGUCCUAAUGCCAGUGGGCCCGGAAAGUUUUACAGUUCUCCACUAAUGGCAAAUGAUCAGUUGUUGAAGACUCUCAGUGAGAAGAGCAGGCAGUGGUUCAGCCUGUUGCCACGGGUGCCCUGUGAUGACACCUCGGUGACCCGUGUGGACACAGCAGCUGCUGCAGCUCCACUCGCUCCUCAGUCACCACCAUCAAAGUCACCCUCACCUGUUCCAUCUCCUCUUCUGGGCUCAACCUCUGCACAGAGUCCUAUGGGAUUAAGUCCUUUUGCAUUGUCACCGCUGCAGCAGAUGAAGACUGGACUACCUAUAAUGGGACUUCAGUUUUGUGGAUGGCCUACAGGAGUUCUUACUUCGAAUGUUCCAUUUCCAUCUCCUUUACCUGCUCUUGGAUCAGGGCUGGGGUUAUCAGAAGUGAAUGGUAACUCGUUCUUGGCAUCUAAUGUUUCUGCAAGUAAAAGUGAAUCACCAGCACUACAAGCUGAAAGAAUAUCUUCUACCCCUUCUACAGCAGCUGAAGUAGCCAAGCCUGUAGAUUAUCCUAACCCAAAGCCUAUACCAGAAGAAAUGCAGUAUGGGUGGUGGAGGAUUACUGAUCCAGAGGACCUAAAAUCUUUGCUUAAAGUGCUGCAUCUCAGGGGAAUAAGAGAAAAGGCCUUACAAAAGCAAAUACAGAAACACAUGGAUUAUAUCACUCUGGCCUGCAUCAAGAACAAGGAUGUUGCAAUUAUUGAUAUCAAUGAAAAUGAAGAUAACCAGGUAACUCGGGAUGUUGUGGAAAACUGGUCAGUAGAAGAACAAGCUAUGGAGAUGGAUCUUGCUAUUCUUCAGCAGGUGGAAGAUCUAGAGAGGAGAGUUGCAUCAGCUAGUUUACAAGUUAAGGGUUGGCUGUGUCCUGAACCUGCAUCAGAGAGAGACGACUUGGUAUAUCGUGAACAUAAGUCAAUUACUAGAUUGCCCAAGAAGCAUGAUGGGGAUUGUGCUGGAGGCGGAGAAGGCAGUGCCAGCUCUCUAGAGCGGAGGAGUGACAACCCUCUAGAUAUAGCUGUAACCAGGCUUGCUGACUUGGAGCGGAACAUAGAGCGAAGGUAUCUGAAGAGCCCCUUAAGUACCACCAUUCAGAUCAAACUGGAUAAUGUGGGCACAGUUACUGUCCCUGCUCCUGCACCAUCUAUUAGUGGUGAUGGUGACGGAACUGAAGAGGAUAUUGCUCCAGGGCUAAGGGUGUGGAGAAGGGCACUGUCAGAAGCCCGCAGUGCUGCCCAGGUAGCUCUGUGCAUUCAGCAGCUACAGAAAUCAAUAGCAUGGGAAAAAUCCAUUAUGAAAGUUUACUGCCAGAUUUGUCGAAAGGGAGAUAAUGAGGAACUGCUGCUCCUUUGUGAUGGUUGUGAUAAAGGCUGUCACACCUACUGCCACAGACCCAAGAUCAGCACCAUCCCAGAUGGGGACUGGUUCUGUCCUGCCUGCAUAGCAAAGGCAAGUGGUCAAACUCUAAAGAUAAAAAAGCUUCAAAGUAAAGGUAAAAAAAGCAAUGAACAGAAGAGAAGCAGGAAAUUAGCAGGAGAAACAGAGGAUGAAGACUCUGCAACUACAAGUGUUGCGUUAAAAAGAGGAAAAACAGACCCUAAAAAAAGAAAGGUGGAUGAAAAUAUUUGUGUAAGCCAGUUAAAGCAAGAAAAUUGCACUUCUGUUAAGAAACCUAAGAGAGACGGAGACUCCAAGGACCUGGCUAUAUGCAGCAUGAUUCUCUCAGAAUUGGAAACUCAUGAAGAUGCCUGGCCUUUCUUACUUCCUGUAAACUUGAAACUCGUUCCUGGUUAUAAGAAAGUUAUUAAAAAACCUAUGGACUUUUCUACUAUUAGAGACAAGCUAAGUAGUGGACAGUAUCCUAAUCUUGAAGCAUUUUCGCUGGAUGUUAGGCUUGUUUUUGACAACUGUGAAACUUUCAAUGAAGAUGAUUCUGACAUAGGCAGGGCUGGCCACAACAUGAGGAAGUAUUUUGAAAAAAAAUGGACAGAGAUUUUCAAAGUGAGCUGAAGCUACUAGAACUCCUUUUUUUCUUUUCUUUUCUUUUUUUUUUUUCCAUUAAAUGAGGACUGAUAAGACCAGCAAUGUGAACUAUAUUUACAUGGAAGUGCAAGGCACAUACGUAACUAAUAAUUUUCUUCAAAAUAUCACAGAGUUGUGAUACUAGUUUUAAAGGCUUCACUCCUACAGCAACCAUGGCCCCUUGGUUAUUGGUUUGUGUGUUUUAACAAACUAAGUAGAACAGGGAAGCACACCCAAAGAAUUUCAAAGAAAGGGGUGUUAUAGUGCAAUAGCAAUUUAUCAAAACGCACUGAAUAUUCAACCACCAGAGCUCUACUUGGGGAAAUGGUUCUCUUUUC